AUGAACAGUUGUAAUACAGUGACCUAUAAUGAAGUGCAUGUUGACAUCACUCAGGAAGAGUGGUCAUUGAUGAAUCCUUCACAGAGGAAUCUCUACAAAGAUGUGAUGCUGGAGACCUAUAUGAACCUCACUGCUAUAGGCUACAACUGGGAAGAUCUUGAAGUUGAAGAACACUGUCAAAGUUCUCAAAAACAUGGAAGUUAUAUCAUAUGUCACUUUGGAUUCCAGCCAUAUGAACAUAAAUAUAUGAAAAGAAGCAUGAAAGAAGUCAUACUACAGAGAAAUCAUCUGAACACACUCAGUGUGGGCAAGUCUUUGUACAUCAUAGUCAUCUUCCAAGUUAUCUUCAAGGGCGUGAAAGAACACAUACUGGAGAGAAACCCUGUGUAUGUAAUCAGUGUUGUAAAGCUUUCACUUAUCACAGACAUCUUCAAAGGCAUGAAAGAACAAAUGCUUGAGUGA